AUGCUGUCGUUGUCGGAGUUGAAAGACGCCCUGACGGCGCUAGGCGAGUCAACAGCGACCGGGAAAUUGAGAGGGGAGGCGAGGCGUGAUGAGUUGGUCAAAAGGCUGCAUCAGGUCAGGGUGGCGAGUGGUCUAGUGGUCGGAAAUACAGACGAUAAGGACGUGGUAGUUGGUACUCAAGCGCUGGACAAGUUGCCAUUGUCGGAGCUGCGUAGUGUAUUGGAGCUGCGAAAUAUUUCAACACAGACGCCAGGGUUGAAGGGAGAAGCGAGACGACACGCUUUGAUCCAGAGAUUGAUGAACACGUUCAAAAAGCUGGAAAGCCAAAGCGGACGAAUAAAUUUCGAUACUUCUCUUGAGUCGGUGAGUGGUCGAACUGGUUCAAACGAUGAUGAAGCGGAUGAGACCAAAUCGGAGACAAAUUCCAGUGUGUAUUCUACUGCGAGCGAGUUUAUUUUCUAUAAUUCGGUCAAUAUCGAGAGAGAUUCUAGACCAGAACUACAGCCGAAAGCUAAUGCAUUGACGCCGCAACUUUCAUUCACGAAGUUAAAGAAGGAGGCAAUUGACGCCCAGAUCGAUUCUAAAAGUACUGAAUUCAGUGACGACCGUGUGGAGCAUUUACAGCGCGAGUUAUUCGAUCUCCGCACUAAACUACACACAGCUCGUCAAGAGCAGCAGCGUCUAGUAGACCAAUCGCUGCAAAAGGCUGGAAUACAGCUAUCUCUCUGUGAGAUCUCGGCCAAGUUACAAGCACUCGAACGUGAGCGUCGACGGCUACAGGAGAACUACUACGGUCACGAACUCGUUACGUGCGACGUGCUGACUUCCACCAACAAUAACCACGUUUCUCUCGAGUUAAUGCAAGAAGAUGCUAUGCUGCUCAUUGAGAAACAUCAAGAAGCACUAAAAUGUCUGGCUGAGAGGACAAAAGAGGCGAUGGCAGUGGCGAAAUUCCACGCAGUAGAGAUCGAAUCCGGCAUCGCUACAUCCGCCAGACAGGAGGAAGACAAAUUACUUCGACGAAUUGGCCAAAUCGAGUCUUCGCUCGGCUCUACAACAGCUUCACCGGCGUUGAACAACUCGUCAGAGACCAAAUUUGGCUCUAAAUCACCCUUUUUGACGCGAUGUCGAACAAUGCCGAACGGUCGACAUCCUCCUCCGUGGGACCGAAUGGACAUUGGUAAGCAGAGAAAACUCAUUGAUCUACAAUCCGCAGUAUCUUUUCAUAUUCGUCGCGAUCGGGUGACUUUAGGGAGCGUGUUGACAACCGCUCGUGUUCCCACGCAGACUCAUGAACUGGAAAUGAAAGAACAACUCUUGGAGAAAGCCAAGUGUAAUGUCGAGGAGAUACGUGUAUCAAAAAGCCAAAAAACUUGA